AUGAUCACUUCAAUCAGCAAUGACUUGCUCGACAUCAUCGUUGGCAUCAUCGCCAUCUCGUCCAACGCCGUUGUCAACAGUUUCACGAUGGAGUAUGAUGUCGCCGAAGAUCAGCAGAUUUUAAAUUUAAUAAGCUUCAAGAACUUGCAAAAACAUCGACAACCCGACUUUGAGUAUACAAAAAUGUGGAAAGAGUUUAAAAAUGCCGUCCACAAUAAUGAAGAGUACGACCUUCCAGACCAUUUUACAGUCGUUCCUGAAAAGGGAAAUCUUUUGGUUAUAAAAGCUUAUUGGACCGCUGGAGUGUGGACGUUCAUGAGCUUAGUGCAUCUUAUUCUCAGCCGCCUUUUCAAGGAUAAAUGGAAAGUGGACCUUCCCCUAGCCGUCUCAGCAGCGUUCUCGGUCUUCAAUAUAAUGGUUCAAGUUCAUCUCAACGGAUGGGCUCCGCGGGCGAUUUGGGAUGAGUGGGAACUUGGCGGCAAGAUCAACUCAUGGGACUCUGUGAUCGACUGGGAACACCGACGAUUCAACAGAUCUGUCGAAGCGCGUCUUCUGUACUUGAUCAUGUUCUUUACAAGUACAGUAGCUCUGGGCUGCUCUUAUUAUCGCAUUUUCCGCGUCCAAGAGGAAACCACGAAGUCUCGGGGGAGCGUGCCAAAGGCGGCGAUCCUGUUAGUAACAGCUGGAAUGACAUUAGCUACAGUCUCGAUAAGCAACAAUAGCGGAGCAUUGGUCGAGCAAUCCAAGGGAGCAACGAAUUAUAAAGAUUACGGGGUCGGCAUUAUGAGCGGUUGGUACACAAUAUUUGUCGUUGCGUGGACACUUCCGACAAUUCAGAAUCCGGCUUUAGGAAAGCUGACACUGCGGAUUAUCAUGUCUGGCAUCGGAAUGGGCGUUGUCCAGGGUGCUGUUUCUAUUCGAAUUUUGUCAAAAGCGGACAUUUCAAAGCCAGCCGAAUGCAUCAACUUCAGCCUGAUCACAACCGCGCUGGCCACAAUGGUGGUGCACGGCUGCACCCUCAAGUACAUCGCCAACGCGAAGGUGACCCACGCCGAUAUUGGCCUGAAGAAGCGACGAAAUUCGCUGCUUGGCAUCGAAGACACGCAACCCCUGCUCAAUUCGCAACGACUUCGUGAGCUCGAGCGACUGCGCAGCCUCGUCGGCGAAAAAAUUGAAGAGGAGAAGUGA